CGGCGGGCGGGCUCAGCGCGCCCCCAUGGCCCUGGUGCUGGGUCAGCGGGCACAGUAGCCGCCUCCGGCUAUUCCCGCGGGUGACUCAGAGGUACUCAGGGAAGGCAGGUUGGAGAUGCGCCUCGCCUCCGGGCUUCGGGCUGCGGCCGGAGACUGAGCCACAAAGAAGUUUUCCCGGCGGCGGCGGUGAGGCGCUCCCCUAUGCACCCCUCCGGCCGCCGAUCCUGGAGCGCUGCUCGGCAGGCGCCCGGCGCCGACCCCGCCAUGGAGCCCCGCGCGGGGCUGCACAGCAGCCCGGAGCUCAGCCGGGCCAAGCGGCUGAGCGUGGGGGAGCUCUGCUCCCUCUUCGAGGCUCGCUGCGCCGCCGUCGCUGCCGCCGCCGCCCGCCAGCUGCCCGACCCGGCGAAGAGGGGCUGCCGACGCCCCAACGGGGUGCUGCCGCCCGUCAUCCCCCGGCUCACCGUCACCGCCGAGGACAGCGAGGAGACGCAGGGCAGCCCCCAGGCGCGGCCGCCGAAGCCGGAGGGCAGCUGGCUGAGGACGGGCAGCUCGCUGCACCUGCAGUCCCGCAGACUGUCCAACUCCUCGCUCUCCUCCACCGGCUCCUCGUCCGUCCUGGAGGACUCGGAGGACGACGUGCUGAGCGACACGGAGUGCAGGAGCCAGGGUAUCGUGCACUUGGAGCACGGCGAGGACACCAGCCAGUCUCCUGUGUCAGAUGUUAAAAAUAAAAUUUUUCCAGGCACUUACCAGCAGAAAAAGGCAUGGCAUACGAUCAAAACCAUGGUUAACUUACCAGUCAUCAGCCCCUUCAAGAAACGCUACUCAUGGGUGCAGCUGGCUGGACAUACAGGGAGUUUUAAGGCAGCUGAUAGUGGGAAGAUUCUCAAACGCUUCUCAGAGAAUGAAAAAGAGUGUUUUGAACGAUUGAUGAAAGACCCACUACGCUCCUGUGUCCCUUGCUUCCAUGGUGUGGUGGAGAGAGAUGGCGAGAGCUACAUUCAGCUGGAUGACUUGCUUACUGAUUUUGAAGGGCCAAGUGUGAUGGACUGCAAGAUGGGGAUCAGAACGUACCUGGAGGAAGAGUUGACUAAGGCACGAGAGAAACCAAAGCUGCGUAAGGACAUGUACAAAAAAAUGAUUGAAGUGGAUCCUCUUGCUCCCACGGCUGAAGAGAAUGCCCAGCAUGCUGUCACCAAACCCCGCUAUAUGCAGUGGAGGGAAACCAUCAGCUCUAGUGCCAACCUGGGUUUCAGGAUUGAAGGAAUUAAGAAGGCAGAUGGAACAUGUAACACAAACUUCAAAACUACGAAGACACAGGAGCAAGUUCUACAGGUUUUUGUGGAAUUCAUUGAGGGCAACACAACUAUUCUGAAAAAAUACCUCAAGCGUCUGCAGGAAAUUAAUGUCAUUCUUGAAUCCUCAGACUUCUUCAAGCGACAUGAGGUCGUUGGAAGUUCAUUACUUUUUGUACAUGAUGGCAGUGGGAAUGCCAAUGUGUGGCUGAUUGAUUUUGGAAAGACUACCCUUCUCCCUGAUGGGCAGACACUGGAUCACAGAAUCCCCUGGCAAGAAGGCAACAGGGAGGAUGGGUACUUGUUGGGGUUGGACAAUUUGAUUGGCAUCUUGGAAAGCAUCACUGAAAGAUGAGUUAAGAAUGGCACAAAACUUGCAGAACUUCUCUGUAAUUUUCUGCUUUACUGAAGUAGAAGGAAACCUUUAACUCCAAGCUCCUGAGGUGCAGAGGAAGCUACAUCCAGAACUCAGCAGUUAGUGAUCAAAAUUACUUUGCAUCAGCCCUCUGUGGACGUAAACAAUAACUCCGGAUUGGUCUCUAUUGCACCAGAUGAACUUGAGACUGGUCCUCAGAGAAUGAAGAUCUCCGUACUUAGGAAUCACACCAGCAUGAGUCAAGAGGUCUGUGUGGUAAACCAGAAUGACUGUGAUUUCUGGCAAAAUUGGACUCCAGAUUACUUUGUAGUGAACCAGGGCAAAUGCUUGGGGAUUCAGGACAGAAAAAAAUCAUUUUUUCAGGGAAAAAAUGGUUUCAGUUUUGAACCCAGAUUGGUUUUUUCCUCUCUAAUUCCAAGUCUUCUUGCACCUGUGUACACUAUAGGUUGGACCAACAACUUCUGCCGCAUUAUGUUACAGAGUGAACAAGGUGGAAAUGGGUGAUAAUUACAAGAAACCUGGAGCAGAGGGAGACAGCAGUUUGUGGUGGCUUGAUGUGGCCUAACGGCUGUUGACCAUUCCUCCGCUUCCCCACCCUAGCCUUGCUUCUAUCCAAGAACAACCUUGGCUUUUUAUGUAGCUUCUCAGGAGAUUACAUUUACUCUAGGGAGAGAAUAGCAGCCUAUGGUCUCCAAAACCAUUUGACUUUCCAGCUGGGUAGGCUGUUUGAAAUGUUAGUAGCUUGGCAGGUUUGGCCUCUUGCAGCUGAACUGCACUUCUGAAAAUCACUAAUGAUCUUUCACACACAGAUCAGGGAAUUAAGUUUUUUUUUUUCCCAAGGCUUGUUUAUAAGGAUAAAACCCCUAUGCACGAGCACACAGAUGCACAUACUAGUAAUCAGCAACCAGUGUGAUCUCUUAAGAUCAUGGUUUGACUGUCUUCUAGUGUACCUGACUUCUUGGCCAUGUUCCUGUUCUCAAAUACAAUUCUGCCACUUAAGUGUAUGAACAGGCACAGCAAUCAGGAUGGUAAUGUUUCUGCAUUCACAACAUUACACAAUGAUGAGGUCAUUCCCAGGUAUCCUUCCUCCAAGGUGUCAGCUGUUAAAUCCAGGCAGUUUGGGUGAAGAAAUGUCAAUAUAUCACAUCUUCUAGUCCCUGUCUGGAAUUGCAGGGCGAUCUGUGAUUCAUCCUUCUUUUGCUGUGGUUCAGGCACAGCCACAGAAAAUUCACAGUUUUUAGAUUAAGAAGACUGAAGUGUUUUCUUGUAAUAGCUUCACAUACCUUCUCCUUGGUUUCCUCUAGUCACUUGAACAGUUCUUUAAAUACUAGCAGUGUAAAUACUAUCAUUAGUCUCAUGUUCACUCACAUUCCAGGUUUUAACAUCAGUAAUGUGAUGAUGCAGCAAAAUGUGGACUAGACUUGCAUUGCUAGUUGAUGGUUAAUCCUCUUUCAACAUCUAAAGCUAGUAAUGCACAUUGAUCAGAAAUUGCUGUCUUUUGCUGGUGUCCUGUGCGCAGGAGAGAUUCUGAGAACUUUUGGAUAUAUGAAGCUGACUCUAUGCUUUGAGAAACUGCUACUUCAAUAAUAAUCAGUAUCAUGAGCAAAAAAAAAAAAACCCUGUAGAGUUCAGGUUUGGAAUGAAAUCUAUAUGUAACAUUUGUAAUUAGGACUGAAGAGCCUAAAAUAAUUUCUAAAAGGAUUUACUUUGGAUAACACACUACUGUACUAAAAGAUCAGUCAGAUUUAAUUACUUUUUCAUUAGCUCUAAACAAAACAGCAGUAUUAAAAAUUGAAGCUCAAUUGUCAUAUAAAUGUUAGAUGACUUAGAGUAGGUAUUCUGUAGGAAGUAAUGACAUGUGGAAACAUUUCAUUCUAAACCAGAAGUUGUCUGAAACUGGUAAUUAUUUUUGCAGUUCACUGCAAAUCCAGAUGACUUCUGU